CCCCAACCCAUCAGCAAUCAUGCCUCGUCAACGUGGAGGAGCCGCGCCCGUCCGCCCCAGGCCCACUGUCCCCGCCGCAAAGCCCGCAACCACCGCCCCAGCACCCGCUCGCCAGCACUCGACUGCUGCGGCGCCGGCUGCUUCUCCUGCUGCCCCGGCAGCGCCCCCCGCAGCUGCUACGCCCCAGGGUCCCGGUCUCUUCGGUCAGAUGGCUUCCACUGCUGCCGGUGUAGCAGUCGGAUCUUCAAUCGGCCACGCCGUAGGCGGCUGGUUCAGCGGCGGUAGCAGCGCACCUGCCGAAGCGUCGCCGCAGAGCACCGAGUUCGCGCAGCAGCACAGCGUCAACACAUCCGCGCAGGCGCAGACCGGUCCUUGCGCCGAGAACGUUACAAACUUCCGCAGGUGCAUGGAUGAGAACCAGGGGAGUCUGACGAUUUGUGGGUGGUAUCUGGAUCAGCUUAAGGCUUGUCAGGCGGCGGCUGGUCAGUACUAGACCAAACUGUAGGGAGGUUGGGAGGAAGAGGAUCGUGAAGAAAGAAGAGAUCGAAUAGAAGCAAUCUGCGUGUUUGCGUUGCAUGCAUAAGAGUGUAAUAUACAACAGCAUUUAAAUCACCACUUUAGCCGGCGCUUCAGUCGCUUCUUCGU